AUGGCUGAUCGUUACAUUACUUUUGAAGAUCUUCCUACCCCUCCUUCAUCCCGCAAGAUGUUGCUCAACAACGCUCACCUGCCCUCCGACCAGGAGCAAUCACAAAAGCCUGACGAGAUGUUGCUCGGUGCUGCUGGCGUGCCGUCGGACGACCAACAGUCACAAGAUCCUGAUGAUGAGAUCCUACUCCGUGCUCCGGAGGUGCUCUCACUUCAACAACAACCACAAGAGCCCGAUAACGAGAUGUUAUUAGACAAUACUAACGUGAACCGGUAUCAUCAGCAAGCACGGGCCUCUGAUGUGGACUCUGAUCAGCAGGAACAACAAGAACGAUUGAUCUACCCGCUCACUGUGGACAACUUGGAGUUUCUUCAGGAAGUGAUAGGGGCUUACUCUACCGACCCACAAAUUAUCUACACCGCUCGCAACAAAGCUCGUAACACAACGCAAGCGGCGGUAUUACCGGCGACCCCCCAGGAUCCUACCAAGACAUCAUCGGCUCCAGAAGCUCGUUAUCGGUACGAUACUCUUCAAAAUGCCAGAGUCUUCAUUUACCGCGUCCAGAUUCCAGAUGAUCUCCAGCCGGGGCUGAAUGCCGUCUUCCAUCGUAAGAUAACUAGCAAGAGGGGAAGUCAGAUUGCUGAGCUAGCGAAGGCUGCAUCCGGUAAACUCGUUCGCACCAUGGGAAGCAACAGAGAAGAGGAUGAGUCCGUCGAGGUGAUUAUUCAGGCGCUCGCGGCACUGGACGCAGACAAGGGCCUCAAUAUGGUCAGAAAAGCUGAUUGGAAGGUAGGGAACAAACCAAGUCCUCCAGUACCGGAGAUUAAUCUCGGCGUCUUUCAGGAUCAAGUUGAGAAUGAGGCUGGUCGUCCUGUUGCAACAUCUCACACUGGUGGGUCUGGCGGACAGCGUGACAAUAUCGAGACUCCUCGUCCUCAUUGUACAAUCGGUCUUCGGCACGCCGCACUCGAAGACGCUUUAUCAAAGCUGGGGAUCACGCCGUCCGAGACCAAAGAUAUCCUGACCAGAUUGCAACGCAAAUACAACAUUUCCACGGAUCCCACUGGAAAGGAUGCUCUGUUUCCAAUCCUUGUCGUUGAAGGAGAGGCACAAGGCACUGGCAAGACAAUGUUCGAAGCUGAGAACCAAGCUGCGACAGCCGGCAGGCGCAUGAUCAAGCUUUUCCGACAGCUCAGCUACGUCUCCAGCCGGUGGAUGCAUGAGAUCAAACCUUUCUAUUUCUCUGUUGUCGUGCAAGGGCCUCAUAUCCAACUCUCAAUCCAUUUCCCCAUCACGAGGGGCAGCACAACGGAGUAUCACAUGUAUCCCUACUACGCGUGCAACGCUGUCAACGAGUACUCUCUGAAAGUCUUCCUCUUGAUUGCAGAGAACAUUCUGUGGUGGAACCAGAAUACAUUCCGGGCUGAGGUGGCGGAUCGGUUGUUCGUGAUGGCUCAAGUGGGCGCUCUCUAG